AUGUUUAAUCAUAAAUCAAAAAGACCAUCGUUAUUGUAUAUUGAAUGCAAAUCAAGAGAUUUAUCAAGAAGGAACUCACGAGCAAGUGAUAUUUUUGAUGAUACUAUAAAUAAAUAGAAUAUCCAAUAAUAUUAGAGAUAAUUAUCAACCACAACUAAAAAGAGUGUUAUUCCUUCUUUGAAUAAUAUGUACAAGCAGGCCAUAUUUGAUUAAUAAAUCUUAUAGGAUUAGACUUAAAUGCUGAUUGAAGAUUUGAAUGGUAAAUUGUUACAAAGGGCAGAAUUAAUUGGUUAGGUUGAGGAAUUAGAGGAAUUAAUAGAUUAUCAUAAGAAACAUAGUUGUUUUGAAAUAGCAUUUGUAAUUCGAAUUGAAAAGUUAGAAAUGCAUAUUCAACAAUAAUAAAAAUACUCCAGAAAUACAGCCGAAUUAUUAAGAUAAAAAGAACUCUAUUAUGAUGAAUUGAAUAAAAUAGUUAAUUAAGAGGCUUUAAAUGCCUUAGGAAUGUACUUGAAACAAUGGGGUACAUUAUUAAUUAUAAUUUUUGAAAGGACAACAAUUUGAUCUGAUUCAAAAUAAUUAUGGACCUGAAACAUAUCAAUAAUUGAUUGCUGAAAAAAAAUAGGAAUUUAUUUAAAAUAUGACAGUUUUAUAUGAUAAGAAAAUAAAAGGAAUUAUAUAAUUAUUCAGAAAUUAUUAAUAAAUAGAUAAAUCAAUAAAAAAUAACAUAGAAUUUGUUGAUAAUAAUUUAAAUCAAGAAUUAUAUAAUGUUAAAUAAGCAAUUAAAUAAAAUUAAGAAUUAAUAUAGAAAAUACUUAGAAUUCAUUUAGAAGAAGGUAUAUCAUCAAAUUUAAAUGAGAAGAUGUAAAAUUUAGAAUUGAAGAAUAUACGAUUAGCAUAAUAAUUAAAUGAAAUUGCUCGUAAUUAAACAUUUACACAAGAUAAAAUUAAAACUAAGAAAGAAACUGAAGAAUUUUAUAAUGGUAAUUUAACAGGAUUUGGUGAUAUAUCAUAAAUUGAAUAUGAUGAAUAUCAAAAUGAAAGAUCUAAUUCUUAAUAGAAAUAAAGAGAUUAUAAAGGAUACAAUAAUAAUUAUAGUUAAACAUAAAGUUUUUUCAAUUAUCAUACAAAUCAAGAAACAUAAUCCAAGUUAAAUUAGUUAUAAUAAAUUAAAAAUUUAGAAAUGGAUACUAAAUACUCUGAUGGAUAAUGUACUUCUGAAGAUUCAACAUUACAACACUUUUAAGAGAUAAAUUUGGCAUUAAUUUAAUCAGGAAAAUCUAUUGAUGGUUACACUAUGAAGUUAUAACCAUAAUAAUCAUUAGUUAUUUAAGAUAAUUUAUCAUCAUAAUAAAAUCUAUUUUUUAGAUUAUAAACUAUAACUGAAGAAUAGUUAAGUUCUAAAAGAAAUAGAUAGAAAAUUGAUCCAAAAUAAAAAAUAGAUACAAAUUCUGUAAAUAUAAAUAUGAAGAACAUUUUAAAUUUAAAAACUAUUAAAUAAAUAGAUAAUUCUUCUUAAAACAUAGGUAUUCCUUUAACUGACUAAACAAAAAGAUUUUCAAAUAAUGAAAUUUAAUCAUAAGAUUAAUUCAAAAAUUAGAUUGAAAUUAAUUCAAAAUAAAAUAGGAUACCAUCUUAAAAUGGUUCUUUAUUUUUUAGUAAUCAAGUAUCAAUUCCUUCAUCAAAUUAAAAAAAUAAAAAUGAUUAAUUUUUUAAAUCAAAAGAUUCUUUAUCUGAAAAAUUAUCAAAAUAAAAAAAAUCCAAAUCAUUUGAUUCAACUUCUAAUAAAGAACAAUUAAAAUCAUUUAUUACCAAUACAUCAACUAAUAAUGGAUAAUCAAAAGAAAUAUAAAAAGUUUAGAAUACUAUAAAUUAAUUAAUACCAAUAGAAUAAGAAAUUCUGAAAAUACUUAAACCUUUAUAGAAAGGAUAGCAAAUAUACAAAAGGUUUUCAACUAGUAAACCUAAUUUAACAAAAUAAGAAUUUGAUCCUUUUACUUGUUAAAAUCCAGCAAAUUGUGGAUUUUGUCCAAGAAUCAUUUGUUUAUCUAAAAAUUUGGAUAGCAUUGAAUUUAAAAAUUAAAUGAGAGUAAAUGUAAAGUUAUGUUUAUUACUUAGCAAGUUGAUGCUACAAUAAAGUUAGAUGAAAUCAUUAGAGCAAUGAUUCCAAGUCCUAUUCAAUAAUCAAUAUAAGUAAAGAAACAAAUUUAAUGCAAAUAUAUUUUGAGUAAAUAAGAAAGUGCAGUUAGUAAGAUUUUAUUUUGGCCAAUGUCUCUUAUAACUUAAAAUGAUGGAAGAAUUGAAUUGCUCUUUAGUAGUGAAUAAGUAUUAGAAUAGUGGUAGGCAAAUCUACUCUUUUUAAAAGAUAAUAUAAAGACUCUUCAAACUAUCAAUAAAAAAAUAAAUUAAUGA